UGUUAAUAAUUAUGAUCCAUGGAACUGUCUGAAUAGAAAAACAAAGAAUUUUAAUUUUAAAUAAACAAAGGUGAGGAACUGUUUACAAGUUGCUGAGUCCAAUAAGUAAUUGAAUGGUGAUGCCCUUAAACAGUUGAAUUUAAUUUUGUGUUUCUGUAUUUCAAUUUCAAUUUACAUUUGUUGUGUUAAAGUUUAUUAAAGUUUAUUUCAUUCAGUUGCCUCACUCUUAUCUUGCUAUUUGUAUCAUGUCUAUCUGCCAUCUUAUAACAAUCCUGUCCCUUGCUCUACUGAUACAAACUUCACAUCCAUUCAAACCACCGAAACACAAUAUAAUUUCAUACUACAAGACUGUGAAUAAUGUUUUCUUGACUAAUCCUGAAAAUCAUACAACAGGUUAUGGUAUUUAUGUGGCUGGGGAAACAGCAACUGUUGAUAUAUCAAGUGAUGUGGCUAGUGUGUAUGACAUCGUCAAUUGGAAAGUGAUCAAUGUUGUUAAGGAUCGAUUAAUGUUCGUCCAUAAUAACAAACCUCAAAUUUUGAUUAAUCAAAAGAGAAUCAGGGAAAUGAAUCAUUCUGGUGAAUUGAGUGAUUCGAUCAUAUCUCUUGGUGACAAUGUGGCUCUUCAUGUACCAACAAUAUUCAAUCCAAGUUUAACUCAACCACCUCAUAAAUGGAAUUAUCUCGAAUUGUUGCAUUUCGUUGUUAAAAGUGAAAAAGUUUCGGUGAUUCGAUCCUUAUCCUGGCACGAGAAGAUGAUUGGCAGUACAUUAAAGAAUGGAAAAUGACUGAUUAUAUUCAUUUCGACAAUAAAUUGUAUCUUCUGAUAAAGCGAAAUAUAUGGAAGAAAGAAAUCUUUGAUUUUACUCAAGAGAUAUCAAUAAUACGAUUGUGUCUUGACAAAGGAAGGGAACUUAUUUCGAGUGCAGUUGAAGUUCGUUAUGCUCACCCAGAAUUUCAGAAUAGUCAGAUAAUCGAAGCCAUUUUCAAAUUACGUAUGGUACAUAAUCAUGAUGUUUUCCGCACCUCAAAUUUCGGACGCAGGAGACCGCAUUUCUCUGAUAUGUUCGAUAUGGUGGAAGAAAUGUUUGCCUCAGCUGAUAAAUCAGUGGAUCUAUUACAGUAUCAUUUGAGAUCAGAGUCUAUUGAAUGUGAAAAAUGCACUCAUGAACCUCUUCCUGUAGGUCAAAAUUUUAUCACUUCAUUUGAUGCAACAGAAAAAGUGCACGUGUCGGCGUAUUAUAUAAUUUGCGAACAAACACACGGAAAUCAAAAUUAUUUUGUUCAACAUCAAGCAAUAACAUUUGCACACCCAUUUGAACGCCGGUUAUUUCUUCAUAUACAAAACUCUUUAUCCGAAUACAUAUUAUCUAGCCCUUGCUAUGAAGCUUUUGAUUGGCAUUACUGUCAGUCUAUUGAAGCAAUGGAACAGAAAUGGAAGCGUUUGAAUAUAGAUGUGCGACAUCAAGUUUUCGUUAAUCAACGACCAUUCGGAGUUUUCUUCAUUACUAAAAAGAGCCAUGAAAUAAUGUUCUUUAACUUUGAUUUCAUUUGCGAGGGAUUGAACAAUUGCCUUGAUUGUGUAAUGUAUGGUUUCUAUUUUAAUUGUGUUUGGUCACAUGAAACUCCGACUCCCCCUAAGUGCAUUUAUGAUGAUCAACCUAAACACAAGACUGCACUGACUAACAACCAUUGCUUUAAAAUCAUACACUUUUCACCUUCCGUGCUCUACUCAUCUCUACAACAAACUUUAUCCAUUAAACUUAAUACACCAUUUCAAAUGGACAAUUCAGAAGAGUCUCUGGUUAUCCAUACUGGUCCAGAUAAUUAUUGUACAAACAUCAUAAUGAACGGUCUUAACAUCCAAUGCUUAAUGAAUCCAUUGAAAGGUGGUAAAUUUAACAUUGAAAUAAAUUUGAUGAAUGACAAGAUUGCAGAUGUUUCAGUGAUUAGUGCUGUAUCUACUGAAAUGGUUCAAAUUAAUGUUCUCGAAAGUGAAUGUGAUAAUUCAUCAACAAUAAUUAUUACAUUAUUCUCAUGUUUAUUUCUCAUUUUGUGUUUGUUUAUAGCUUAUAAAACGUGUGAUAAGGAAAAACUAACUAGAAUCAGGGAAUCGUGUGGAUUGAAAAGAGGCAACAACAUUUACAGCAUUGUACAAACAUUUCGACGAGCAUGAAUCUCAUCAUGUUCACCAAACAGCCUGCUUUACCCAAACAACUGCAAAAACCACAAGCAAUAUAUUAACGCACUUUAUUUGAAAUACUUUUUUCGUAAAUUGCUUCGAAUCAUUAUGAGUUAAAAAUUAAAUUAAACUUUUGGUUACCAAAAUCAAAUCACUAAUUCUUUAAUUAUGUAGAAGGUUAUCAAGCUUCUUUGAAAUGAAUAAUAAACCAAGAAUUUGAUUAGAUAUUUAUAAUACGCUUGUACAAUAAUUAAGACGUUUCACUAUCCUUUAUAGCAACCUUCAUUCAACCAGUUUCUUGGAUACAUUUAUGAAAUUGCUUGUCAAUGAUCAUUUCUGCUCCAUAUUUUAGUUGAAGAUUCAAUGAGGAAUGAAAUUGUUGAAUAUUUGAUUAAAUUAGAAUAAAAUUAUUUCGAUCAUUA